GUAACAGUAAAUUAUUUACAAGACCUUGGAUCCAGGGCUAACAUGUUGAGACGACGAGAGAUAAGAACAAGCCCGCUAUGGUCUGUAAGUUAGUUCUAUUCAAGAUACAGCCACGAGGACAUCCACCGGUUUGUCUCUAUUCUUUCAUUUUCUGAAGGAAAACAGACGAGGUUGAGAAUGCUUGGUGAAAGUGUAAGUCAGCACACUGACAGCUCACAAAGCUCUUCAAGAGUUCUGAGCAGCCAAGGAAGACUUGGAGCUUACAGAUCUCUGUCAGCAAAUGAUUUGAAAAAUCCUAAAAAACCCACACACUCAUUGCAUGAUACGACCUUAGGUGUUCUCAAACUGAUGAAAAGAAAAGGAGCGGACGACCAACCAACCACGCAAAAUGAACAACAUAGAUCAACAAGGAAGACAACAGACAGCGCACCCCUCGUAAGAAAUCAAAUACAAGGAACGCGUAGAGUAGCCUCCCUUGGAUCGGUGCUGACGAUGAAGGGGAAACUAUCGGCGAAACACCAGCGAAUUGCUUUAUUGAUUAACGUGAAGAAAAUGUGGCGUAAGCUGGGUGUCUGGGUGAUGAUCAGAGGUGUACUCAGCAGACUUCAGAAACACGUCAUGGAGCAAAUGACAACAGACCCGUCUAACCCUCUGUAUGCACAGUUCACAUUGUCCAAGAAAGGGCCAGAGGUGGACGAACAUAACAGAAUGCUCUUUGACGCCAGCUAUUACAAGGCAAACAGACAGAUGAGAACUACCCAGGAAGUUAGACGGAUUUUAACAUUACCAUCAGAUCAAAGAACUGAUGAUGAUAUUUAUUGUGCUAUGAUUGGACUACGAGGUAUCAGAACAAUAGCAGAGUAUCCUAUACGAAUGCAACAAUAUCUGGCCAAGUUCGGAACUAUUCAAUGUUUUGAGCCCAACAAAGUUAUUGUACUACAAGGAAGAAUUCCUGAAGCCUUUUACUUUGUGCUGUCUGGUCAAGUUUUGGUGGCAGUACAGGAUGAAAUCACAGGUCAAGUGAAAGUCAAAUGUCACUUACACCGUGGUCACUUUUUCGGGGAACUGGCGAUCAUCCAGUGCUCCAGACGUCAGUCCUCGGUUAUGUCAACUUGUUACACAGAACUUCUCAGUUUAUCUUCAGAUAUAUUUAAAGAGUACUUUAUGGUAGGUGGCAUCAAAAACAUGAAUGACCCAGACCACAACAGCUUUCUUAGAUCACUUCCGUUUUUACAAGGCUGGCCAACAGAUCUUAUUCUCGGACAGACGGACAACACAAAAGUGACAUUUGGAUAUUUUAAGCGUGGGUCAGUGCUAGUGAAAGACAGCAAUUUCUCAGACUGGCUCAUUAUUGUCAAAUCGGGAUCUUUGACAGUCAUGAAAAAGUUAUUUAAAAUAAAGCCUGAUUUAUCGAGAAGACGUCUACAAGCGAAAAGUAAUAGGUCUGCUAAUUGUGACAUUCUUCUGGAUGCUGUCUCGGGAGACAACUGGGACAGUUUACCUAGUAUCAACCAAUGGGAGAGAUCUAGGUCAACCUCAUCAGCUCCUAUGUCUACUCAACGAGCUUCCAACGUAUCCAAUGACCCGUUGAUUAGGUCUUCCAGCUUUCGCCAUGCCAUUAAGUCAUCUCGUCAGAGAGACUCGCAAUACUCUCAGAUUCAAGUUAAAAAGAUCACCAAGAGACAUGAUGUACAUGAAGAAGCUGCCACCAAGCAGUCAAAUGAAGGAGACUCGACCCAAGGUGUUUUGAACACAGGCGAACAGAUUACAUUUUUAGACUUCUUAGAUUCAGCCUACGACGCCAAGCCAGCCAGUGCAACAACAGUUGACAGGGAACCUGUGUUUGUGGUGGUUCAAGUCUUGACCAAAGGCUCGGUCUUUGGUCUGGCCCAAUGUCUCUUCACCAACCAACCAAGCCUUAGUGUUGUCAGCAAUGGGGCUGACUGCAUUCUCCUGAACAAAAAACUCUACCUAAAGAACUGUUCUAGUGAGGUGAUGCGAAAGCUUAGAAUAGAGGUAUCUCCAUUUCCAAGCGAUGAGAAGCUACAGAAUGAUUUGUUAACUAUGGUCAACUGGGAAGCCUAUAAAAAGUCUGUCAUGAGACAAAUAAGAAACACACACCGAUAAAGUGAGAUCCAUUGUGUUGCAAGUCACAAUAAAAUUAAUUCAUGCAGUUAA